CUUCUAUUUUAACAUUUCUUGGCAACUACUUUCAUAUUUUCUCGAUCUUUGUUUUAUUUCUGGUCAUAAAUUCUGAAUAGGUUUGAUGUAAAAGCUUCGUGGGCAGGUUACCAAAAAAUAUGUGUUAUACGGUAACUAGUAUUAACAGUAUGUCAUACAGCAACUAGAAAUUUUUAAUUCGUAUCCUGUUUUCUUGCACAUUCAUAGUAUAUCUAUAUAAAUCAUAGUAACUUUUCCCUUACCAAAAAUAUCAUCAAAUAUUCUCGGAAAUUGAUGUUUUUAUCGAUAUAUAUUUUAAUACAAUACAUAUUUAAUACGAGUACCUUUACUAAUAAAUGUCUUUCCCCGAUCAUUAAAGUCUUCUCUCCUAAAAUUCUUUGACAGAUUGCUAUAUUUUCUUCUUUAUAUCGGUUGUUGCUGGAUUUCUUAAGUUUCUUUUAUAAAAAUUGGUUUUAUUCCCCUAAAAUCAUUAAAUUGAUUAUUGGUAAAUAGUUUGUGUUAAAAUUAAAAUUUAAUUCUUUUAAGGAAAUAAUAAAUAAUGUAUUCUUACAUUUAUCUUAAAAAAAAAAGUCUUCUUUGGAUGAUGCAGUGCGAACACCCUUACGACACACUGUACGGUUCAUCAAACAUCGUUUAAUUCUCGGUUUGGUAAUCUAUUUCAAAAAUUAAAUGUGUGUCAAUACUGACAGAGCAUUUUUCAUAUUUCGUAACGACUCUUGCUACCUGUCAUGAAUAGGUGGCAGACAUCGAAUUCAUUCUUGAAACGAAAUGAUAAGAAGACUUAUUUAAGAUUUAAACGAUCUGUAGCUAUUGAUAUAACUCGCGAAAACCAUAAUCUUUAUUUAAUUUUGUCGAUUGCGGUGUACUUUUUAAAAUUUAUUUUAAUUCGAGAAUCUAAGUUCCUGCGUCGGGUUCAACUAACUAUUUUAAGUAUUUCGAAGUGGCGAUAGUUAUAAAUAAUUUAAGAAAAAUUCAUAAUUUCGUAAGGUUCGUUUUCACUGAACAUAAAGUUAUGGUUUUUAAUAUCGUAAUCAUAUGUCACGAUUUUACAAUUACAUCACACUUAAUGAAUAGAUAGUUUUGUGUUUUGACAUGUGUCAAUAAGCAACAUGGCGCUCAUUGAUAUGAUGUUGAUGCCUUUUAACAUUUCAAAAGAAAUUAUUUAUGUGGAAAAUUAUAAAAUAAAUAAAAAAUGGGAAAUAAGUGUCAACGUAUCAUAACGGGACAUGUGAGUGGAAUGUCAUGACAGCGCGACAUUCAAGUUUUCACGGUGACAAGUGUGGCAUUCCGUAACAGCAUUAAACGUCGUGUUUUCUGUCGCGUGAAAAUCACGUAUCUUAAUUAUAGAAAGACUGGAAAAUGAAAAGUUAGCAAUCAGUAAGAAUAUCUUAAAAAUAUUCCAUAUUUCCAUGUCAGAAAUAGCAAAUAAAAAUAGUUGGGUCGUUUAUUAAAUGCAAUUUUAAAUGAGUAUGAGUUAUAAAAAUUAAUAUUAAAAUAAUUCCGAAAGGUCGAUCCCUCUCAAUAAAAACGUAAUAAACAGGAACAAAAUUUGGUCGAUGGGUUCGAAGAUAAAACAGAACCUAUCUACCGCUAAUACCCCGUCAUAAACUUCCAAAAUUUGUUAGCUCGAAUUGUCAUCCAAGAUAAGACUAUGUAAAAUUUCAUCAGUCCUACCACGAUCUCUUCUCGAUAUACCUUGAAAAAAAAAGUGUGCAAACACUUGAACUCGUAUGUACAUCGUUUGUCUGGAAAUUUUGCUUACAUAAAUUCUUAAUAAAAAAUGUAAUUAACCCUUAACUUAAAAUCAAAUGUCUCGAAACCCCAUGGGAAAGAUAUUACGCGUUAAGAAAGCAAUAUGAGUAUGUCAAUGACUAUAGUUAAGAGUACGCAUCGCUUUGAACCGUUCCGUUCGCAAAGGAUACGACAUUCCUUCGUCGACGCGUCUCGAACUAUUCGAAUUUCCAGCGCGAAGAGCAAUCAACGUUCGCGCGCAUUCGUUCGAUUGGGGGGAUCGAAACGAGACGAUAGAUGGCGCGAGCGCGUCCAAUCGGCGGUACGGAUCGAUGAGUGGCGCGCUACGAUUGGCCGACGGGCCUCGGUUCGUUUCGUACGAGCGGGCACCGCGCCCCGCGGCCCUCCCCGUCCUGUUGAAACGCCGGCCGAACUAACACGAGGGAGAAAGAGAGAAAGAGGCAGGUGCGUGCUCGCUCCCGACCACGGGAUCAUUGUUAAUCAUCGUUAUCGGUGUGCACGAAAACCGUCAACCGAUUUGCUGCUACGAGGUCGAUUACAAGCGCACAGUGAGAGCAGUCGUCGCGUCCAAGCACGUUCACGCGUCCGUCGAGAGUGUCGUCGUCGCGUGUCGCGUCGUUGACUUUCCAGCGUGAUCACAGUCUUUUGCCUUCGGCACUCGGGCGUCGUUGUUACUUCGUUUGCCAGUGAGAAUUCCGGUGAAUAAUCAAGUCUAGUCGGCACACGCACCAAGGCACGAGCGGUCGUCGUCGUUGUCGGCGAACAACGUGUCAGGAACGAGGAGUCGCCCUCGUUGAACGGUUCGGGUUUUUCGUUGCUCGCGAUCCACGAUCAGGUCCACGUAUCCACGGUCACAGUCACAGUCACGUCCGAGCUCGUGUUCCGAAUAGAAGAGCAAACGAGGAAAAGCUAGUUGAUCCGUCGCGCGUUUCUACUCCUUUACGUGUUGUCGUCGCGCGUCGCACGCGGGAUGAGCGGCAACGGCAGAGCGAACGGCGAGAACAGAGGACGGAAUGGCCACGUGCUUGUCUGGGAGCAACCCGGCCUGGAGGAAGAGGACGGAUCUGCGCGAAAACGGAGAAGUAUGCCAAUCACGAGAACCCAUCUCGCGUCUCGCGCUGGUGGGGUCGCGUCACGUAGUGACCUUCAUGCUGUUCCUCGGAAUGGCAAACGCCUACGUGAUGAGAACCAAUAUGUCCGUGGCGAUCGUGGCGAUGGUCAAUCACACGGCGAUCUCCUCUGACGAAUCCCACGAUGAUAUGGCACCGAACGAAUGCGGAUACAUUUCCAUCAACGCGACGAGCGGUAGCGACGGAGAGUUCCCGUGGAACAGUAAAAUGCAGGGCUAUCUGUUGAGUUCCUUUUUUUACGGCUAUGUGAUCACGCAGAUACCAUUCGGUAUACUCGCGAAACGUUACGGAUCGAAGUACUUCCUCGGUAUCGGAAUGCUGAUUAACUCUGUGUUUGGAUUGUUGGUACCACUAUCCGCGCACUCCGACUACUAUUGGCUCAUGGUCGUUCGGUUCAUUCAAGGUCUGGGCGAGGGUCCAAUUGUGCCUUGCACGCACGCGAUGCUGGCCAAGUGGAUACCGCCGAACGAACGCAGCAGGAUGGGAGCCUUCGUGUACGCCGGUGCUCAGUUCGGUACGGUAAUAUCGAUGCCGCUGAGCGGUAUUCUGUCUGAACACGGAUUUAGCGGUGGUUGGCCAUCGAUCUUUUACGUGUUCGGGGCAGUAGGUACCAUAUGGUGCAUCGCGUUUCUGCUGAUGGUCUACGAGGACCCAGAAUCGCACCCUCGUAUCGCCGAGGACGAGAAGAAGUACAUACUUAGCGCUCUGUGGGGCAACGCAGGAGCAUCCUCCCCACCCGUCCCAUGGCGGUCGAUCGUGACGUCGCUGCCAUUUUGGGCCAUACUGAUCGCGCACAUGGGUCAGAACUACGGAUACGAGACGCUGAUGACCGAGCUACCGACAUUCAUGAAACAAAUCCUGCACUUCGACAUUAAAUCGAAUGGCUCCAUCUCCUCGCUCCCUUACUUAGCCAUGUGGAUAUUCUCCAUGGUGAUCUCUCACAUUGCCGAUUGGAUGAUAUCCAGCGAAAAAUUCAACCACACGUACACACGGAAGAUUAUCAACAGCAUCGGUCAGUUUGGACCCGCGGUAGCGCUGGUAGCCGCCUCCUACACCGGAUGCAUCUCUUGGUUGACGGUCACCAUUCUAACGAUCGGCGUGGGCUUAAACGGUGGUAUUUACUCAGGAUUCAAGGUGAAUCACCUCGACAUAUCUCCAAGGUUCGCCGGAGUGUUGAUGUCGUUCACCAAUUGUCUGGCCAAUCUUGCUGGUCUCCUGGCGCCAAUCACAGCUGGAUACAUAAUCGACGGACCGCCGACGCAUGCAAAAUGGAGGAUGGUGUUCAUGAUUUCGGCGGGCGUCUACAUCGGGUGCGCCGUUUUCUAUAUAAUAUUCGGUUCCGGGGAGAGACAGAGCUGGGAUAAUCCAGAUAAGGACGAGGAGAAGCACGAAAAGCAGAACUUGGACACCGUGAAAACCAUAACGGAGACGCAACAUUGACGAUGAGCUUGUUUGCGCGACGGACUCUUGUUUACUCUCUCUCUGUCUCUCUCUUCUUGCCACUCUGGCGAACGCACGGUUACUCGAGACAAGCCUGGCUACCUUUGCCCCCGUCUACGUUCAUUCCUGCCACGCUCUUUCGAUCGUGCGAAACUGAUUAGUCGCGAGAAAGCGCUGAGAGUUGCCGUGAGAUUAACGUCGCUGGCAUUCAGGUUCGUGCAAGUUUGUGAUCAUUGCGGUUCGCGGUUCCGUAUUCCCUGCCACACCCCUACCCGACUUUAUUUAUUCUUUCAUACCGCGACUCCGCGUGCCAAUCGCCGUUAGGAUUUAAGAACGCGCGUCGAAAUGUAAAGGCAAGCACGCGCUAUCGUGUGUCAGAGUCGGGCAAAUUUUAUUCAGGAAUAACGUAGAAAAGUGUUCGAUUCGCUCGUAAAACAGCUAUUGUCCGUGCUUUUGCUAGCUUAAGUGUCGAUUUCCUUUGAGGGCAGCCAUUUUGGAGUAAAAAAACGUUAACAAGACAGAGAAUUAACGUAUGCCUAAAAAUUACUUUGUUUGCUAGACAAAUUUUAUUCUAAAUUUAAUGAUCUGUUACGUACGUAUCAAGGAGAUCAAUGUUUGUUAAUUCGUAGAGGGCGGUUUAAAGAAUUAUCAGAUUCCUAACCUUACAUUUUUACGAAUCUCUUUUGGCGAUCCAAUUCGUGGACCCUGUUUGUCCAAUAUUUCUCAAAAUAACGUUCUUAGGUGUGAGAUAAAUCAAUGUUGUAAAUCUUGAUUUAUUCGCAUACAAUACACUAAAUAAAACAGAAAUUUACGCUAUUCUUCGGGGUCCGCGGAUCCACAGGUUAAGAACCACGAAUCUAGUAUAUCCAGACACCGUUCGCAAAGGGUUAGAAGAUCCGUUAAUGGGUUUUAAUUUACAUACGAAUCGAAAAUUUGUAUUCGCCAUUCGUGAAUGAAAUAUGCCCAAUUUUGCUGUAUGCAUCCGAUCGAAAGAGUAAACGAAAGCAAGAAUGCAACGCGAUACGUGGACUGGGAAGCAGGAAACAGCCGUGUGCCUCUCUGGGGGGAGGGAUCACGGCCGAUGGAAUUGCUUCCUUCUACUCUGCGUCGUUCCGAUCAGCUUUCCGAUACUUCUGUCGCGAGCAAUGUUUCCCACGACAUCUAGUAUCGUUUUUUUUUUGGACGCCAUUAUUUCGAAAUACGCGAACGUUUCGCGCAGCCAAGUAAGUCGAAUCAAAAACGUAGUGUUUCAGCACGAUCUGCGAAUAGAAUAAGGGAGCGAACGACAGUGCGCAUGUGUGUGGUUGUUUGUGGAUGCGUGUAUGUCCGAGAGAGCGAGAGAUGCGCGAAAAGAAAGACAGCACGCUCGAGCUGAGAACAGAUAGAGACGACGAAGGCGAGAGAGAAUUUUACAUUUUUAUAAAAUCCCAAUUUCGUUUAUUGAAGAUUGCGUGCCUUACGAUCGAGAAAUGCCAGAAUAAAGAUUUCAUCGAAGUUUCUUCGAGUCUUUCGAAUCCGCUUCGUCGCGUUUUUUUCACAUUGCGCGUCUUGGUAGCGAAAUAAAAUGCCUGGUGUCCAUCGGAGACUGUCGCUAUUGAAAUCUAUUUGAAAGCAAAGAGUUUCUUUUCCACGAACGCGAGCGAUCACUCCAUUUGCUCGUGUUAAAAAGGCUCUUAUUCUCGAUAUCGAACUGUAAAAUAAUACUCUCAAGUGAACGUCAGGCAUAAAAGUAGAUUCCCGCUAGACUCAUGACACGGACCAACAGCUCCUCUUACGGAAGUAACUCGGAAAUCUGGGGAAAAUUUUGUUCGGUUGCCGAAUAAGUUAAACGUUCGUUUGUUCUUUGUGAAAUGAUUCGUUCUGUAAUUCAAAUUUUGAUUUUUAUUCUACGAGUAACGAAGGAAAUAUUUUUUUUAUUCAUUGUUCGAAACUUCUGUAUGGAUAGACAAUUUUUACUGUCUCUGGACAUGUGAAAUAGAGUUACUUUCGCAGGUAGUAUUGUGCCAUAGUUGUGAUCAUGUCGGGGUUCUGGCGGAGACCUACCUUGACCGAUCGAUCGAUCGAAUCGACAUCUGUUCCCGUGCCCGUGCACGUACUUGCGUUGAGCGCCUCGUACUCGAUCGGUAUUCGUUCGCGCAAUAUAUUUUCAAUCGUAGAGAACGCGUCGUCGUGCGUUCGAGACGUACGAGUGUGGCAACAGUAUUAGAGCGAAUAUAUUCUCGCGUUCGACACCCCUUUCGUCGCGCGUUUUAUCGCAAACAACUGCCAUUUUGUAUUGUAUCAUUGACAUUAAUCGCAGAAAAGACGAAUGUUCUCGAUCGUCCAUGCCUCGGAGCCGGGAAUCUUUCAUCGCUUCCAAAGCGUUUGCGAACAACACGUUUUUGCAAUACAACAAUGGUUUAUACAUAUUGUAGAUAUAUCUCUACGCGUAAGUUUCUACCACGCUAUAGACGUUAGAAGAAAAAAAAAAAAAAGAAAAAAGUUAUUGCUCCUACUUAUUUAUACAACGUGUACAAAGCAGAAAAGAAAUAUAGGGGAAAAAAGAAAAAAAGCCAACUUCGAAUGUGCCGGAAAACGAUAAACAUUCGAACGAUAGGAUGUAUAUCUGCAUAGUGGAAUGCAUUUUCUCUUUUUUUAAUUAUUAUUGUUGUUGUCAUUAUUAUAAUUAUUAAUACUAUUAUUAUUAUUGUUCUUGUUAUUGUUAUUAUUAUAAUUAUGAUCAUCGUCAUCUUCAUCGUCAUUGUUGUCAUCAUCGUAGCCAUACGUCAUUAUUAUUACCGUCAAGUUGGAUUAUUAUUAUUAUUAUUAUUAUUAUCAUUGCACGACGAACCAUCCAUCGAAACGUCACCGAAAUAUGUUACUACGGAUACAGGAUGAUCCUUGUGUUUUGUUUCGUGUUUUCUUUCCGCAUACGUAGCUAGGCGUUCUUUCUUUUCGAUCGACAACAAAUUAUCCGCGCAUCCACGGGUUCGAACAAAUCUUUGCAAUAGUUCUGCUUGUAACGUUCAGUUCUUAUUCGACCGAACCUGUUCAUAGUACCUGCGUCCUCCUGUGAUCAUGUACCGAGAAUGUGCCUUCGAUAACUUAUUUCGAAGCACCAAUUGGUUCGUUGGUAAUUCAGGAAUAAUGUAGUCGUUAAACGGCGACUUGCGCUUUGAAAUUCGCGCGCACUCGCGUGUCCACACCAGCGUACAUGGC